UGACGACGAAUCGACGAUAGGGAUUUACGAAAAUUAAUUGUAGACGUAGUGAUGUAAACGUAUCAUUCUCUUGCACCAAAACCAUAAGAAUAACAAAGAUAGAGUUAAACCCAGAGUGAAAUUUCAUAAAUUGAUGAGUUAACCAUAACAUAACUUAUACUUAUCAAAUCUGUGCCACAACUGUCAUGUCAUUGUCCAUUGUCAUUCAUUAUCAUUACUUCGUCUUUGUCUAUGAUCAUUACCGUCAGCCAUAUGAGUAAGAGUAACUAUUAACUAAAUACUCUUAUGCCGUCAGCUAUCAGGAUCUAUCUAGGCUGUCAGCAUGAUUAUGAUUUUGUCCUAGUUCACAAGCUUGAGCCUUGGUGGGAAUAGAAAGGAAAUGAUAUAGCAUAUUUAUUGAAUACAUUUUUGGUUAUACAUAUUUGAGUAUUACAAUAUGAGUGGAGACCAUAAAAUACGAGUAGGUUCACGAAAAAGUGAGCUUGCCUUAAUUCAAACAAAACAUGUGAUAUCACUUUUAAAAGAAUUAAAUCCUGAAAAGGAAUUUGAAAUAGUAACGAUGAUAACAUUAGGCGAUAAAGUACUUGAUAUACCUUUACCAAAAAUAGGAGAAAAAUCUCUUUUUACUAAAGAACUAGAACUUGCACUAGUUACGGGUAGUGUAGACUUUGUUGUUCAUUCAUUAAAGGAUCUUCCUACCUCACUGCCAGAAGGAAUGGCCAUUGGAGCAGUCCUUACAAGGGAAGAUCCAAGAGAUGCCUUAGUUUUACAGAAAGACUUAAGUGGAUAUUCAUUGGAAACCUUACCUAGUAAUAGCAUUAUCGGUACAUCUAGUUUAAGGCGAACAGCACAGAUAGCAAAGAAGUACCCUCAUUUGAAAGUUGAGAAUAUUCGGGGGAACCUAAACACACGAUUGAAAAAACUGGAUGAUUUAGGAAAGUACCAGGCAAUUGUUUUGGCUGCCGCUGGAUUGAAAAGAAUAGGGUGGACAACGAGAAUUUCUAAGAUUUUAGAGCCUCAUGAAUUACUGUAUGCUGUGGGACAAGGGGCAUUAGCCGUUGAAUGUAGAGCAAACGAUGGAGAGAUCAUCAAUCUUCUUGAGCCACUGUACGAUAUGCAAACUGCACUUAGAGUAACAGCUGAGAGAAGCUUUCUGAAAACUCUGGGAGGAGGAUGUAGUGCUCCUGUAGCAAUUUCUUCAAAAUUAAGAAUUGAAAAAUCUAAUCAGAUUAAAGUUACUUUAAAUGGUGCAGUUUGGUCUUUAGAUGGCACGGAAGAAAUCGAAGGAAAAGAAGAGGACAAUAUAAUCGUCAAAAACGGAUUGCGGUGUUCAACCUGCCCUUAUAAUAAUAAUAAAUAUAUCGAAGACAUAGAAAAUUUAAACGAAUGCAGCCAAUGUCCAGUUUCUCCGACAAAAGAACCUUCCACAAAAAGGCAAAAGCUCGAUGAUAUACCAAGCGAUAUUUUAGCAUCAGAUCCUCACGAGCAGUGCCCAAUUCAAAUUCCUAUUGGAGCCGAUUUUAUGGGAAAAUGUCCAUACUUAGAGGGCAUUCUAGUUAGUGAUUUAAACAAGUGUCCGGUGAGCGGCUUGAUUAGUAACUAUGCAAAAUGCCCAUUUUUGAAAGAGAGUAUAGCAAGUUUCCAAACUGACAACGCAAUUGACAAUUUAACUACUGGUGACAAUUUAAUUGCUACUGAUAAUGGAAACGUAAAAUUAUUUUGUGGGUUAGUUCCGCACAAAGAUGCAACUACCGAAGGGAUGGAAAGUGCAAGAAAAUUAGGAGAGAGAUUAGCACAGACUUUGAUCUCGAAAGGGGCGUUAGAGGUUAUGUCCAAGGCACAAUCUAUUAUACAUGGUUCUAUUACAGCUGGUUCUAAUUAAUUUACUUAGUAUUUGGUUGUAGUCGAGUUUAGCAUUUAUGGAGUUGGGUUCUUCUAGUUUCCAGAAAAAGCCAUUAUACAGGGUGAUUCAUUAACAAUGGGAAAA